AAAAAACUCCCCAAAACAACAUCCGUUUCCCCCCCAAUCGCACUGGUGGCGAUACCACGUUGUCAGAGGCUGGAGCGCUGCAGAGCUGCAACCCAUUCGUUAUCUGCGGCUCGGACUCUCUCUCUCCAUUCUUAUCCUGCUCUGUUGCGGGCUCGGUCUCCAUCGCUGCGGUAGACCAAAUCCAAAUCUCCCCGGCAACAACAUCAAAAUGCUGUUCAGAAAUUUGUGGCGCGCCGCGUUGACGGCAGCUGCGACCAUCGCAGCGUCGGCCCUUGCUGAUGAUGCCGCCAACCCCACCGGCCAGUCGACCUUCAUCUCUCCCGAUGGCACCCUCGCCUUCGCCUUCACCGUUCCCGACAACGGCAAUACAGACAUUUACUUCAGCCUACGCGUCUCUACAGAUCGCUCUUGGGGCGCCGUCGGCCUCGGCAGUGACGACAUGCCUGGCGCCCUGUUCCUCAUUCUCUACCGCAGCAAGAAUAAUCACGACAACGUUACCUUCUCCCCUCGUCUGGCAUAUGGCAACUACGAGCCCAAAUACUACCCCGACCUUAAAUUUGAAGUUCUUGACGGCACUGGCGUUCAGGAUGGCUUCAUGACCUUCAAUGCCGUCUGCCAUGAGCACUGUCGAAGCUGGCCAUCCGGCGGCACUUCCAAAGGCUACAUCGAUGUCUCGUCUCCAAACCAGCAAGCCAUUUACGCUCUGGGAGGCAAGGAGAGCUUCAGCGACGACGAGGUGGAUGCGAAUCUCAAGAUGCACAGCGAACAUGGCACUUUCACCAUUGAUAUGAAGAGAACACAGGGCCGAGCCGAUCUGCCUGUCCUCACCAAGGACUCUGUGUCUGAAGGCACGACGCUGAACAGCCGUUCUACAGGCAAUUUCGACUGGAAGGCCGCUGCACAUGCUGCCUUCAUGGUCUUUAGCUUCAUGCUCCUGAUUCCAACUGGCGCCAUUCUCAUUAGAAUAGAGAAGUUGGCCAAGUUUCACAAGUUCAACCAGACCUUUGCUCUAUGUCUUGUCCUUGCGGGCUUCGCCUUUGGAAUCUUGACAAGCUUCAACUAUCAGCGGUCUCGCGGAUUCCAUUCAUUGCACCAGGUCCUUGGUUUCCUCGUUAUCCUCCUCAUGUUCGUUCAAUUGGCCGCUGGUGUUCUGCAUCAUCUCAAAUGGCGAAAGACUAAGCAACCAACUACGUUUGGCAAGAUUCACCUCUGGAACGGGAGAAUCGUCAUGAUUCUUGGCGCAGCCAACGGCUACAUCGGAUUCGGUUUUGCUCUCGAUCGCAAAUACGCCCUCAUCGUCCUCGGAAUCGUCUUCGUGUUGGUCAUGUGCGCCUUGGGAUACAUCAUCUGGGGAGCCAAGCGCCAGAUGCCUCGCCGUCAGCAAGGUCCCUCUGGCUUCGAGGGCCUAAACCACAGCUACCAGCAGCAGCACCCAGAGCCAUGGCGGAGUACCAGCUACUCGGCAACCGUUACCGCUGCACCAGCGUAUCCCCACGACCCCCCUCCGGGAUAUGAAGCCCCAUCGGCACAGAUUGGCCUUCAAAAUGCUACGUCGUGGAAGGGCAACACUCCUGGAGGACGGGACAGCUAUGAGGACGAGCCUCUGAAUCUAGGGUCAAGUCAGAAACCAAGAGAAUUUACAUGAAUAUGCAUUUUGGACUGCAAAUACGGCGUUGGAGGAAUACGGAUAUGAACAAUGGAUAUUAAUGAAAUAAGAGGCCAAGUUGUUUUAUGUCUAAUGAGAGAAGUUAUGGGUUACC